CUUGGCUAAAAAUUGCAUGCGCUCCCCAGUUGCAUGCGCUCCGCAGUGGAAGCUCUGCGGUUUUGAUUAAAAAUCUGCAGAACCCCGAAGCUGUAUCCAAAUCUGAAUUCCUUCGAGGCUUUUACUGGUCCUCUUCUCGUCUUCAUUGAUAUGCAAAGGGGCGGGAACAGUUUUGAUCUGUAUCAGGGCGAUUUCUUUUUUUGGCUGAUCAGUUUUGCUUACAGUUGCGAGGACCCCAGCACCCUGGCGCAGUUCCGGCAAAAAUGGGCGGACGACAUCAAGAAGGAAAAGAAAGAGCAGCAGAUGGAGUGGAAAUGCGGCAAACUGGUUCCUGCUACUCUAUAGCGGUGAGCUGGUGCCCGGACACACUAGCAGCAAAGCGCAUUCUUCUUCCGUAGGAACGUCAAUGCUUGGCAGACGAGUCAUACCCGAUGCACAGCUGUAGCUGCGUUGCAUGAUCUUCAUCCGCGUCACAGCAUUGCACUAAAUUUCAGACUUAUUCUUAGUCUAUAAACCUGUGGCUGGUGACGAUUACGUCUCCACCAACAACAGACUCAAGGCUUUUUCUACGACCAUCAACCAACAGAACCCAAAAAACGCUGUUUGAAGAAGCUAAUGCGGUAAUCGUCUUUUCAUCUUUGGUGCCAGGGCGCAGCACAUUCAAGAUUUACACGAGCGCAACAUAUUUUUUUACAAUACUAAGAGCAAAUGUGAGCAACGACCGGUCUUACAAAAGAUACAACUUGACACUGGUGCACGUUCUUUUGCGCCGAAAGGUAAAGAAACAUUCGUUUUACAUGAAGUAGGAACAACCCCAGGAAAUAUUUUUUUGCGUUGCUAGUUGAACAAAAAAAACCCAAAAUCCUGUAGCCUGG